AGCUAGGAGGCUGGAUGAUUACUCGCGUAGCCCUCGUUAUGAGGCCGAUCGGGGUAGAGGCGACUCUAGAGGCCGGUGGGAAUCGGAUCAGGGCCGACGAGACGGAUACAGGGACUGCAGAUAUAAGCGAUCAGACCGGGAUGGAUAUAGGGACGAAAGAUAUGAGAGGACGGAUCGUGAUGGCUACGGAGGUGACGGAUAUGAGAGAGGAGGUCGAGACGCGGACCGACGGGACGACUCGCGCGGAUGGUAUGACCGCGGGGGAUACGCGAGAGAGCGGCGCGACGAUUCGCGGGGGUGGUACAGCCGAGGAGAUCGGUGCGAUGAGACACGCGGGCGAUACGACGUUGGGGACCGCCGAAACGAUUCACGGGGACGAUAUGAGUCAGGAGGAUCUGGGGGAGACCGCCGCAACGAUUCGCGCGAUCGGAAUGAGAGAGGAAGAUAUGGCGCCUCAUCAGAGCCGUAUCCCAAGUCGCCUGACCCCAGAGCGGCGAGAGGUACGACGUCCAGAGGCACGGACGACAGACCACCCACCCCUAGGAACUCUUGCCCACCAAGUCCGCGAGAGGAUCUACAUCGAAGAAGACCGACACAGAUUACGUGAUGGCGGAGAAGGACGGCGGGCAGCGGAUCGAUGGAGAGGAGGUUAUUCUUUCGCCGCUAAAGCGGCGCUAAAGCGGGGAGUAAAGAAGUUCUUGAUGAAGAGUUCGCUGGAUGAGAUUGACACGGUCGAGCCACUGAGACGGGGCCUUCGGCAGCCCAUGCAGUGCUCUAUUCUGGAGUACCUGGCGGCAUCGAAGCCAGCUCGCGAUGAGUUACAGAUGAUCACACGAAAGACUCGCAUACCUCUAUCAGAGGAGGCUCAGGGGGGCCCUAAGGCGGAAGCUCCUACCGUAGCAGUAACGGGGGGGAUUGCCAGAGCGGAUCGCAUGGCGACAGUCCUUCUUGAUGGGAUGGAAGGUGUGCCAUCAGACAAGUUUUACAUACUUGGUAGUGGGGCCAUGGAGACGAUCAUAAACAAUGGAGCGGUACUAGAUGCUGUGAUCGAUAACGGCAGUGAGGCUGUCAUUAUAGACGAGGAUCUGGCAGUACAGGUUGGACUGGGCCUCGAUAGGUCAUACCAAUUCGAGAUAGAGACUGCUGAUGGAAGAAAGCAACAGAUCACUGGGGUUUGUCACAAGGCAGCCAUAGAGGUCCAAGGGGUAGGAGUGACCCUGCCCGUCUUUGCAGUCAAGAACUGCAACUCCGAUCUGCUCUUGGGAAGAACGUGGUUGAGCCACGUGCAUGCGGUGACGAUAGAACGGCCGGAUGGAAGCCAGACGUUGUCCAUUAAGAAACUAGAUGGGACGCGGGUUAUGAUUGAGACGAUGGAGCCUCGGGAUCCAAGGAACAGAGCAGCUCUCGCAGUGGGAGCAAGACCCAGUGAUCAGAUUAAGUCAUUACUUAUCUCUGGCCGCGCGGUACGAUUUCGCGAGAAGAAGUAUGAAACACUGCUCACAGAGGAAGAAGGUCGGAUCGUGGAAGUGGAAGAUUUAGGGGGUCGGCUGAUAGUGGACGGCAACUCGUACCCAAAGGAGACAGAUGAGGAAUUUGGCGGGGUGGUAUCUGUGUCUUUUUUAAGGGAGCGAGAACGUGUGAUAGAAAUUCUCAAGACAUGUGAUAAGGCAAUAGCUUUCAGUGACGCGGAGCGCGGUAGGGUUGACCCUCGAUACGCUAAGCCAGCGAGGAUUUACACGAUUCCACAUGUUCCUUGGAAUGACGCAGGAUGGAAAUACGCCCAGAAGGAGAAGGAAGAAGUUAUCGCCUUCCUGAAAGAAAAGAUGGUUUCCCAUGUAGAGGAGUCGUCUGAUAGCGCAUAUGCUAAUCGGUGGUUCUUCCUACGAAAGCCGAAUGGCAAGAUCCGAUGGAUCCAAGACCUUCAGAAGGUCAACGCGGUGACGAUACGAGACGUGGGCUCCGUGCCGCAUGCCGAUUUACUAGCAGAAGGCGCCGCAGGCAGGUCAAUUUAUUCGGUCUGUGACCUGUUCUCAGGYUAUGAUGAGGUACCGCUUGAUCCUAGGGACAGRCACCUCACGGCUAUGCAUACGYCAUUGGGACUGAUACAGAUGAURGUUGUUCGGGUAGYUGUUUUUCAAAGAGCCAUGGUAGYCRUCCUCAAGGACUUCAUCCCUGAUAAGGUUGAGGUUUUUCUGGAUGACUUUCCUAUAAAAAGGUCAGUAGACAAGGAUGAUACAGAGGUUGUACCAGGAGUUAGAAGAUUCGUCGAGCAGCACCUAACAAAUAUUUGCGCGGUACUUGAGCAGCUGGACGAUGCGAAUUUGACGGUCAGCGGAACAAAGAACCGAUGGGUCGUCUCGACUUUUAAGAUCUUGGGCUUUAUCUGUGACUCGAGAGGACGCCGAGCAGAUCCGGCGAAGUUAGACAAACUCCUGGACUGGCCGUCACCGUUACAUAGUCCAACCGAGGUCCGACAGUUUAGAGGGUGGUCGGAUACUGGCGUAUAUUCAUACGAGGGUAUGCAGAGAAGGCUGAGCCAUUGAGGUUACUCCUUCGAAAGACUGAGAAAUUAUGUUGGGGUUCCUCGCAGGAAACGGCUAUGCAAGACCUU